GUGGCGUUACAGCUCACGCAAAAAUUCCUCCCUUUGAAGUUGGCUUGGUCGUUGCGGACGCGUCAAACUCAAGCUCUCGUUGUCGGGAACGUCAGGCGCGUUCAGGAGAGCCCUCUCUAUCGACGCUCGCUGCGCUCCUUGCUGGCGCAAUUUACUUCGGGUACCGAAUACCAAUACCCCCGCGUCGAGGUAUUCAGGACUUCGACUGCUCGAUAUAUCCCUACUGGGUGUGUGCUCUAGAUAAUAGAAAACGCUCGGGACAGAAUCAGUCCACUUUCCAUGAUAAUUACUGCAACGACCCAGUGACAAGAAGAACAACAUGAACGUCCAGCAAAUGCCCCAGUGGCUUCCGUCUUUCGUCGCUCCAUUCCUUACCCUGUCCUAUCCCGUCGAUAGACCGGCAAACCCGGACUCCUUCCCCAAUUCCUCCUAUUAUUCCACGGGUCCUCUAGAUGCUUGCUUCAUCGUGUCCUGUAUCAUCUUCAUGGCGGGAUUCCGGGACGCUCUGCGACUGGGAGUGUUCGAGCCUUUUGCAAGGUGGCAGCUGACAAGGGGUAGAAGGCGGCACUCCAUCCCGGAGAAGGAUGCCUUGAAAAGUGAAAAGCAAAGUUUGAACGGCAACGGUGCUCACCAGAACGGGUCCAGUCUGAUCCAGGAGGCCAACGGCCACGACGUGGGAGAUCUUGCAUCCUAUUCGUUAACGAGCAAAGAGGAACAGAAGAUUACUCGGAGCGUCCUCCGCUUUGCCGAGCAAGGCUAUUCAUGGGUAUACUGGACCUUCUCGUGGUGCCUCGGCAUGUACGUCUACAUGAACCUGCCCACUGAGGUUUUCAACCCCACGGCCGCCUGGGAAAACUAUCCUCAUGUCCCGCUGCCCGGUCCAGUUAAGGCCUUGUAUUUGAUCCAAGCUGCAUUUUAUAUCCAUCAAGUAUUAGUGCUCAAUGCCGAGGCCCAUAGAAAGGACCACUGGCAAAUGAUGACCCACCAUGUCAUCACAAUUGGCUUGAUCCUCCUCAGUUACUACUACAAUUUCAACCGCAUCGGCUGCAUGAUAAUGGUCAUUAUGGACUGGUGCGACAUAGUGUUUACGCUGGCGAAAAUGUUCCGAUACCUAGAGAUGUCCACCGCGUGCGACGUUGCCUUCGUAUUCUUCCUGCUUUCAUGGUUUAUGACUAGACACGUUCUAUUCAUUUACGUGCUCAAAUCCACGUACUAUGAUCUCCCGAGGGUCGUGUCGUUUGACUGGAAGCCUGAGCAAGGGUAUCGCUUUGUCUACAGCACUUAUGUGAUCUUCAAUUCGCUGCUGUUCGCGCUCCAGAUCAUUCAGAUUCUGUGGGCAUUCAUGAUCUGCCGCGUAGCCUGGCGUGUCGUCACUGGCAAGGGUGCCGAGGACGAAAGAAGCGAUGAUGAAGGUGAGCCAGGCGGGAAAAAGCGUCGCUAAGGACGCGUUGGUCGGGUGACUCCUGGGUCAAUCGGUUGCUUUUGUUAUAUACCAGGUGCGCUGUGUCAAGUGGCACAGCGCUGCUCUCGUCAUGUAUAUUUGCUCAAUUUUACGAGGUAUAAUGCUGCGUAAUGAAUGGAAGAUUCGAGGUUGCAGUCCUCGCUUCGCGGUG